AUGUAUGCCAUGCACCCAGCCUUGCACUCCAACAGUAGCCGGGCAGAUUCCACCCAGCUUUGCGGCAGGCUGGCACGGCUGGUUGGCGCUAAUAUCCUUUAUCACACCAAUGAAUUUGCCAAACAUCACAAGCCGGCCGGUAAUCUAGUUGGUAGACUCGGCUUGGCUUUUUUUUGGGUCCAUUUGAUAGCCCGGGUUUGCACCCUCUGCUUCCCUGGCUCAAACUUGUCGGUCGUUCACAGGAUCCGCGUUCAUUGCAUCGAGAUGUCCUCUGGGGAUUCUGGUUUGCCUUCAGCCUCCGAUCUCAUCACCUACAUUGGCGUCCCGCUGACGGUUAUUGGAUUGCUUCCAAUCAUUUACAAUGUUGUUGCCACUCUGAUCCAUCUGCACAAGAUCAAGCGGGUGCUACGCCGCAACGGAAUUUCUCCACCACUCCGCUCAGAUAUCUUCAACCGCAUUGUUGAAGUGGAGUUUCCCAGGUACCGUAUUCAAUCACCGCAGAGACAACCCAGUGAUGAUACCACAGAACAUCAACCAAUUGUUUCAAAUGACGAUAUUCCUCUAAGAAAUCUGAGCCCAACGACAUCGACAUUGAGAGAAGAAUACCUUCCACCGCUACAAGGCGGUGAUAUUCCCGGAGGUAGUUGGUCAUUCUUGAAAUGGAAAGGGCACCAAAUUGGGACCAGAACCCAAAGAACGCAACCUGGAGACAAUCUCCGACAACCGCGGGCUCAAAUACGUUUCUGGGAUCUGAUCCUUCGACUUUACCGGUCGGCUCGUGAGUCGACUUUGAUACUUCAGGUGGCCUCCUACCAUGACUCUGAAAGCUCAAUUUCCCUUGAGUUCGUUCGGUCAGGUUCGAGGAGCGACUGGUCGUCUUUCCUCAGAGAUGGACCAGUGAGAUUCACUACGCAUGGAUCUAUCACUCUCCCGUGUCACCACCACCGGGAUCACAGACACCGGGAGCCAGCGGAUGAAGUAAAGAGUGACUCUGGUUCAAUAACUUGCGAUGUGACAAAUAAUGGGUUGGUAGCUGCGUAUCCAAGCUCCAGAAAAUGUGACUCGUUCAACAUCGAACAUCUGCGGACCGAUAAUGACCUCAGUCACCAGGGGAUUUGGUUCGCCAGCUGCGCAAUGGCACUGUACGCGGAAAGCUCAACCCCAAUUUUGCAUUACAGAGUUCCAACCAAUAUACGCCGACUCGCAAAGCCAGAUUCCAUUCCGGAAGGCGUUAUCAGGUUACUGUAUGGCAAGGGAAUCGAAGAAAUAUCGCCCAUAUUUACCCGCAAAUACCUCAAAUCGGAGGGAAGUAGCCAGGAAGAGCAAAUACAUACAUCACCAAUAGACAACAACAUUUGGAAAGAGAGAGAGAUAGAAAUACGCAAGAAACGCCGCGCUGAAUUCGAUAGCGACGUCAAACGCAUAGAAAAAGCUCUUCACACGCCUGCUAUGACAGGUACGGAGCUUCGUGAGGCCACCCUCGGUUGGUUGCGCUCCCGAGAUCACAUCCCAGCCAUGCAGACGAUGGAGGAAGCCACAAAGACUAUAUUGUUUCGUAUGGUGACUGAACAAGCUUUUGCUAAGUCUCUGUGCCAAGUACUAGAUGAUUGGAAUAAAUGGGCGGACAAAGGUGAAAUGAGCGUGAAGCACUUUUGCAUCAUCAAUCAAAUCAAAGUCACCUUUGCCCAGGCGAGCCUGGUGAUUGUAGUUCUUGCUGGUCUCGAGAAUGGGCCAGCUUCCGAAUUGAACAUUAUGCAGGAAUGCGCAGAAAAAUGGGACAUCGAAAAUUUGAUCGGUUCCAGAAGGUUCCUCGAACUGAAGCCAACAUGGAGUUGA